AUGGCCUACAACAGACCCUACAACCCCGACGAACUCCCCAGGUUCGCAGAGCCCGAGCAGAAGGGCGGCGCUGCCCCAGCCCCGGCCCCGGCCCAAAGACCUUCUCCUCAACCGCGCUACGAGAGCAAGCCGCCUCCGCCCGUCCCCCACGAUAGCUACCAGCGCCGUCCCGUCGACCACCGCGACCCUCGCGACGACCGUCGUCCUAGCCCGAGCCCCAACAUCUACGGCGCCACCUCUCCUCCUCCCACCGGCGGCCCGCGCCCGACUCAGAUGCACAAUCGCCCUCCUCCCAGCUCAAGACCGCCCCCGUCUCCCGCGCCCGCCGAAAUGGCUGACGGUGCCGACCCGACCCUGCUGCCUCUGUUUCGCGCUGUCGAUAAGGAUGGUACUGGCCAGCUUUCCGAACGCGAGCUCUCCACCGCCCUCGUCAAUGGUGACUGGACAGCAUUCGACCCCCAGACUGUGCGCAUGAUGAUCCGCAUGUUCGACUCCGACCGCAGCGGCACCAUUGGCUUCGCCGAGUUCUGCGGACUGUGGUCCUUCCUCGCCUCCUGGCGCACUCUCUUCGACCGCUUCGACGCCGACCGCUCGGGCAACAUCUCGCUCCAGGAGUUCAGCAACGCCCUCGUCGCCUUCCGAUACCGCCUGAGCCCCGGCUUUGUCGAGCUUCUCUUCCGCACCUACGAUAAGCGCAACGAAAACUCCAUGUCUUUCGACCUCUUCGUUCAGGCCUGCAUCUCUCUCAAGCGCAUGACGGACGUGUUCAAGAAGUACGACGACGACCGCGACGGCUACAUCACCCUCAGCUUUGAGGACUUUUUGACGGAGAUUCUGAAGCAGCUCAAGUAA